AAUUUGACGAAUAAAAGUAAAUGUUCUUCAUGAUUUCAGAUCAUGGUUAGAACACGAGGUCUGCGUCGUGUGGUAGGCACAGGUAGAGGCAGAGACCUUAGUCAGGAUGUGGCUGAGGAUGUUCCUUGCCGUCGUAGGCCCACUGCCUCAGCACGUAGGCAACGGGUUACCCAGAGAGUCGAGGAUGUUCCUCAGUUGGCUGAGGAUGUGCCUCAUGCGCCUGAUGGUAGCCCAGAGAGGACAGGAGUCGCCGAUGGUGCUGAGUCUGAUCGAGUGGCUAGUGAUGGAACAACUGCUGAUGAUGAGGGGUUCCCCAGUGGGCCACGCGAUCCAUCUGAUUUGAUAGGAUUUGCUGAUCAUGUGGCACACAACAUAUGGAGUGGACAGGAGCGACCCGAUCUCAAGUUUGUCUCCCAUGGUAGGAAAGUAGAUAAAUUUGGGAGACCGGCUGCUGAGAUCGAAGGUAUGAUUGCGACCACCGGAUUGGAUCCAUUGAUCAGGUGUUCUAUGAUUACUGGCGCGCUGCAUUCAUUCGAGCCGCUGGCUACAUCUGACGCAGUGGCCCUGUUGAUGGAACUACUUGAGGUCACCCCAGACGAGGCUCCAGCUGAGACACGUCAGGCAGGUGGGCCUCAUGUUCAGUUGUCCUGGCUUUGGGACAUGUACCAGAGUAGGUGCUGAGCCAGGCAGUGGGUUGCUGCAGCUCGGGUGUACCUACUUCAUUUGGUUGGUUGCACUCUUUUCGCUAACAAGAGUGCAACCCAUGUCCAUGUUGUGCACCUGCAGGCAUUCAGAGACCUGGCACAGGCAGGGACAUUCUAUUGGGGAGCGGCCGCUUUGGUCCACUUGUACGAUCAGCUUAACGAGACGUCGCGGGCCCCUACACGGCAGAUGGCUGGUUACAUUUCACUACUUCAGUGCUGGAUUUACGAGCACUUUCCAUCAGUCCACAGGUCUGUUGUUGACGAUGGUUAUGCUGAGGCUAGCCCACGUGCCUGUAGGUGGCUUACAUGUAAGGCCCAUAUGACCGGGAUUAAGGGAGCCCCUUAUAGAGCACGUAUUGAUGCCCUGACAGUCACUGACGUCUGUUGGAUGCCGUAUGCUGAGCAUUGGGGAGUUCGGGGCUAUGACUUGAUCUCCUCGUACAUGGGGCAAGUCAGAUGGGGUCCGAUCAUCGUCUACCUUCGACCAGAGAGGGUGAUUCGGCAGAUGGGGUACAUUCCGACCGUUCCUCCACCAUCGGUUCGUGAUUCGUUGACAUGUACUGAUAUAGACGACCGGUGGGUACAGUUUUCAGAUCAUGUAGCGCCUACAGGGGAGCUCUGUGUAGUUCCUGGGCAGGUGGCCCCAGACUACAUGGAGUGGUUUUUUCAGAUUUCGCACCCCUUUGUGACGUCGACGGAGGACACUGUUGAGCUGAGACCUACGCCUCCCCCUCCCACUCAUGAUGAUGACUUCGUGGAGCCACCUAUCGCCGAGGUUCCAGUCGCGUUAGAUCCCCCUACGCAUUCUGUGUUGAUUGCACAACACGUGUCAGGAUGGGAAGGAUUGUUGAGCAUUUGGAGCGCGUCAUCAACCUCAGGAUGGUGACUCCAGGGACUGACUUAUAUGAUAUCAUGGAUCUUUGCCUGAGGAUAGCUAGAGAUGACGACCCAGAUGAUAGUCUUAGGUCGCGACAGAGAGCCCGCAUAGAUUAGGAUUUAUCUUUUUCAUUGUAUUUGUUUAUGUAUUUAAAUUUUAGUAUUUGUUUUUGUAUUUGUUAAAACACAUUGACUUAGAUAAUGUCUCUAUUUCUUUAUGUAUUUAAAUUAUGUUUUUACUUGAA